AUGAACGGUGUGGACUACAACAUUAUCAAUAAUAAUAAUGCGCAGAAGAACACUCCAAAAAAUACGAUCAGACCGUGGGAGGUGGCUGAUACGCCUUGGAGGAAAAUACAUGUGGACUUCGCCGGUCCAAUUAACGGAGAGAUGUUUUCGUUCCCGGUGAAUGCUCAUUGGAAGUGGCCUGAAGCUCUCUGUAUGCCACACAUCACCACAGAGCAGACAAUUGAUGCUCUAAAGACCAUCUUCUGUCGAUUCGGAUUCCCGGAAAUAUUAGUAUCCGACAAUGGAACACAGUUCACUGCUGAAAAAUUUGCGUCGUUAUAUGCCAAGUCGGGCAUUCGACAUAUAACUACUGUGCCCUAUCAUCGACAGUCCCAUGGACAGGUGGGACGUUUCGUAGACACAUUGGAAUGUGCGUUGAGGAGAACAUUCUCCGAGAACAGUCGCAAAAUAAUCGUUUACGGGACAUUCUAA